GGGUCCGCUCAGCGAGGUCCCAGGAGGCAGGUAAGAGGCGUGCAAAUAGGAGGGGGACAGAAAGGACCCCCAAAGGAAGGGAAAGGAGCCAGGAAGGAGCCUACUGAGACGCUUGUGCAGUGAAGUUGGGGAGAGAACAGAAGAAAGUGCUGGCUGGACCAGAGACACCAGGGGAAGUUCAGACACCAGCACUCAGCCCAGCCCCGGCACAGAGAGCCAGCCUGGUGGUGACCCCGUGACCCUCUUCAGAAGCCUCUACCUGCAGGGCGGCCAACGCACAGGUGCUUUGGGAAGAAGGCCUGUUCUGGAAUCUGGGAGCCGCAGAAGCCGGAGGAAUCGAGGAGGGUUUCUGGGAGCACCCCUCAAGCUUCAGUGUGGCCCAGGUCUGGGUUGGCCACCUGGGGCUCGCCGGUGGCACUCCAGCCUUCCAGAGGUCUGGCCGGAGCCAGCAGGAAAGAGCCGCACUCCAGAGAAAGGGUAAAGGUGGACACUUUGCCUCCAGAUCUCCUCUGGGGGCAGCCUCCCUCUUCCUUCCAGCUCUGUUGUCCUGUUCCCCACUGGCCAUGACCUCAGGGUCCCUGGCCUAGGCUGGGGACUGUGAAAGUGACCACCCAGGAGAAGACCCGUCACAGUAGGACUGAAUUCGGUUUAGCAAUGGCGAUUCCCUCCAUGUUGAGUCAACGAGGGCUCUAAGCCCGUGGGCAUGGGUACAGCCCCUUCCAGCUUUCCCAACAGAAGCAGCAUCCUUGAUCCCAAGGUGUUUUGAGGUGACCCACAGAAGUCCCCAUGGAGACAUAACCGUGCUGGAUAAUCCAACGUGAGAAUCUCUGUUCACCUCUACUCACCCUCUUGAUUCCAGGAGUUUCAGGAAAGCAAGGACCCCUCCACGGACAUUGGCCCCUCUGCCCCCUCGCAGCUGCCCGUGAAGGGUGCCAAGGCGGGCUCUGAUCUCCACGGGAGAUGGAGAGGAAGAGCUCGGGGUGCUGUGAGGCUCCAAAGAAACGGGGCCUGUCUUUCUCCAUCGAGGACAUCUUAAAGAGGCCGGCUGAGAGGAGCGAUGUGGUCAGGCCGGAAGGGACAAGUGGACGGGGCACCAGGCAGGCAGCAGCUGCAGAUUUCGAGCCAGAGAGACCCCCACAGGACCAGCCCCAAGAGGGGAAGAAGGGUAAGCGGAGGAUCCGAACCACCUUCACCACAGAGCAGCUGCAGGAGCUGGAGAAGAUCUUCCACUUCACUCACUACCCUGAUGUCCACGUCCGCAACCAGCUGGCGGCCAGGAUCAACCUCCCGGAAGCUCGUGUGCAGAUCUGGUUCCAGAAUCAGCGAGCCAAGUGGCGGAAGCAGGAGAAGACAAACAGCCUUGGGGCUUCGCAACCGCAGAGUGAGGCCGGCUUGGCCCCGCCCACAAACCCGGACGUGGCCAAACUGGACUCUGAGAAGCAAAGUGACUUUUCCGAGACAAACGGUUGCUGUAAAUGCUGGAAUGAGGACCAGGUUUCCUGGCCCCCCUGGGCAAGUGCUUCUCCCCAGGGCCCCACGCUGCCCCCCCCUGCACAGCCCAGGCUGCUUCCUCUCACCAGGUGCUGUCCACCAGCUCAAGGUCAACUGACCUCUGCCUGGCUCCCCGCCCAGAUCACCCUCCUCCCAUGCCACCCAUGGGAGACACAGCCUCUGCCAGGCCCUCUCAUCAUCCAGCAGACCUGCAUCCCUACACUCUGCUUGUUCCCACCUCCACACCCCAGAAGAGGCAGCAUCUGUACCACCUCCACAACAGAGACUGGACAUCCUCUCCUGCAUGGAGCCUCUCUCCUCUCCAGGUGAAAACAGGUGGCGGGAAAGUAACCAGGUCUCUGGGGGAAUCAAUCUCAUGAUUCAGAGAUGACCCACAGUUCAGGAAGCCACCCUGAGCAUGUCCUUUGGCAGGUUGCUUCGGAUUCAGCAGCAAGGUGACCAAUAAAGGAAGCUCUGCUCUCUCCUGGCCAGUGUGGCCCUCCUGCUUCAGACAACAGACACUAUGUGAGGUCUCAGGAUGAGCCCUGGAAGGAGGAGGUUGCCCUCUUGCACCUGUGUUUCCUUUGUGUGGUUGUGUGACCUCCAGCCAGUCGCUCACCCCUCUGGACUUCAUCUGUAACACAGGCUGUUGCACAAGAUGACUCCUGAGCACCCUUCUGGCCCUUACCUUGGUGAGAUGAACCAUGGUGAGAACAGCACAGAGAAGGCAAAGGAGAGGUUGUUUGUUCAUUCACUCAUAAGUCACUUAUUAAACACCUACUGAGUGCUUCAUACAUGGAACUGGAUAUUGGCAUGAACAACUGAGGCACUGCCCACAGGAGCUCAGUCCAGGAUGACCAAAAGGGUAAUGCUGACCUUCCCCUGCAGGCAGAACAUUCGCUCAAUGACCUUGCAAGAGGUCCACAGUUAAUGCAUUCUGUUAGGGAUUGAUAUGAAUGUUCUAAAGAGGAAGAGAAAUAUAGAAACAUUUCUUUAA